ACUCAAAACACCUGCAAAGGUUUCCUGAGCCUUCAAAAUGGUCUCUCAGUUUGGUUCACUAGGCUACACAAUCAUGGGGAAGACUGCUGAUCUGACAGUUGUCCAGAAGACAAUCAUUGACACCCUUCACAAGGAGGGUAAGCCACAAACAUUCAUUGCCAAAGAAGCUGGCUGUUCACAGAGUGCUGUAUCCAAGCAUGUUAACAGAAAGUUGAGUGGAAGGAAAAAGUGUGGAAGAAAAAGAUGCACAACCAACCGAGAGAACCGCAGCCUUAUGAGGAUUGUCAAACAAAAUCGAUUCAAGAAUUUGGGUGAACUUCACAAGGAAUGGACUGAGGCUGGGGUCAAGGCAUCAAGAGCCACCACACACAGACAUGUCAAGGAAUUUGGCUACAGUUGUCGUAUUCCUCUUGUUAAGCCACUCCUGAACCACAGACAACGUCAGAGGCGUCUUACCUGGGCUAAGGAGAAGAACUGGACUGUUGCCCAGUGGUCCAAAGUCCUCUUUUCAGAUGAGAGCAAGUUUUGUAUUUCAUUUGGAAACCAAGGUCCUAGAGUCUGGAGGAAGGGUGGAGAAGCUCAUAGCCCAAUCUGUGAUGAUUUGGGGUGCAAUGUCAUCUGCUGGUGUUGGUCCAUUGUGUUUUUUGAAAACCAAAGUCACUGCACCCGUUUACCAAGAAAUUUUGGAGCACUUCAUGCUUCCUUCUGCUGACCAGCUUUUUAAAGAUGCUGAUUUAAUUUUCCAGCAGGAUUUGGCAC